AACGUUUACAAAUUUAAAUUUGCAAAAUAGUGUGAUUUAUAUUAUUCCGAUUCAUAUGUUAUCCGAAAGUCAUGGACAUAAAGAAGUCCGAGACAAUGCAUCCAAUGUUAUUGAUUUCGCGCAAGAUAAACCUGAAAUGAAAUGUUUGGAUCGUGAACUCAGAAAAUCUUUGGUCGACAGUAGAUUCCACUUUCUUUUUGAAAAAAUUUCUCUGCACUUCAAGAUUGAUAAGAGCUAUGUUUUAGAAUGUAUACUAGAUGGUGAACAAGUAUAUUUAAUAAAAUCUUUCUUCAAUCCCGAAGGUAUGAAAGCUUUGUUUAUUAGUCUUAAGUCUGAAAAAUCAGAUGUUAAUGAAAGGAUUGGUGUUUUCUCGCGUUCACUGGUCCCAGCUAGACCACGUGUUGUUGUAUCUACAGUGGCUGAGGCAUAUGCACUCGGUUCGUGUGCUGUCUUCACAAAAGUCAAUGCAGAACUUCAAAUAACAGCUGAGAACAUUUCAAAAGAAGUGACUUUUCUGACAACAGACUUAGCCAAAGACUUUUUGAAUGCGUUUGGAAACCUGCUCGAUUCUUUAAUGUUACCACAACUUCGAGCAAUUCCGAACAAAGUAUUCGUGGAGAAGACAGUUUCAAUAGACGUACAAAAGUUGGAUUUAGUUGAAUACACAAAAAAAUUUGUGAAAAUUCUUAAGGAAACAUCGGAAUUCUUGGAAAACAGAUUUCACUUUAAAUCUUUUCAAAAUAAAUCAAUUGAAAAAAUCCAGUCAACACUUGACACUAAAAGAAUAUCAUCUGUAGUCAAUCCUGACAUGCUGAAGGAACUAGAAAUCUAUGCUGAGACUUGGAUUAAUCAACUAGAACAAGUAAUGGUUAUUGCUGAUCAAAUCAGAAAAGAAGCUGAUAACACCGGCCCCCGAGUAGAGUUAGAAUAUUGGCGAAGACGAAUGAUCACAUUCAAUACAAUCUUCGAAGAAAUGAAUAAACAUAACUGUAAAAUUGUAUUUGGCAUACUUUCAACCAUCAAUUGUCCAUUAGUCAAAAGAUGGCUUAAACUAGAAUCCCAAGUAAUGGAUUACACAAAUGAAGCUAAAAAUAACCUAAAAUUUUUAAGUACACUGGAAGAAUAUUGUGAACCAUUGUACAGAUGUGAUCCAGUCGGAAUGUUGGACAGUAUACCGAAACUUGUGACAAUGAUUCGUCUAGUUUAUGAGAUAUCUACAUUUUAUAAUACACAAGAAAAAAUCACUUCACUAUUUGUCAAGGUCACUAAUCAAAUGAUAUUUGCAUGUAAAGCAUACAUUACUAAUAAUUAUCAAAGUACAAUUUGGACAGAGGAAACAGAAAUCAUUUUGAAAAAGAUUAUAGAUUGCUGUAAUUUACAUCAAGUCUAUAAGAAUUCAUUUCAACGAAUCAAAACAGAAUUAGCUGCUAAACCGAAUUCAAAACAAUUUGAUUUAUCUGAAAUACAUAUAUUUGGUAAAUAUGAUUUAUUCUGUCAAAGAUUGGGUGAAAUUAAUGACAUAUUCCAAAUGAUCUCAUCGUAUUCUUGUUUGCUAGUGUCAAAAAUUGAAAAAUUAGAUCCACUUAUUGAGAUGUACAAUUUCGCUGUAAAUAAACUACGAAAUAGUGAAUUUGACUUUUUGGACCAACGAAAAACCGAAGUCGAUGACUGUAUCAUGGAGUUUAAAAAGAAAAUGAGUGAUAUACGGACUAGUUUAAGAUCCCUACUCGAUACAGAAAUGAACAGGCAUCAUGAUCUACAAAGAAGUUUACAUAUUAUUGGACAGUUUGAAAAAUUAAACUUACCAAACUUGGGUGUAGAUGAAGCACAUAUAAAAUCAUUGCAUCGUUUUUCUCAGCUUAUAGAGCAUGUUGGUAAAGAAUACAGUAAAUUUAAAGCUUCACCACCAAUUGGUCGUGAUAUACCUCCAAUAGCAGGUAAAAUUUCCUGGGCAAAAGAGUUAUAUCGAAGAAUUGAAAGUCCAAUGCUUAUGCUUACCGAUAAAAUCAAAUUGAUGCGAUCAAAGGAAGGCAAAGAAAUUACUAAAAAGUAUAAUAAGUUAGCUGAAGUUUUGAUCACCUACGAAAUGGUUCAUUAUCGUAAUUGGAUUAACCAGAUAUCCUUUGCAAAAGUUGGUUUACGUGAUCCUUUGCUUUAUCAAGAUGAAGGGACUAAUCGUAUUAUUGUUGCACUUGACCCAGAAAUUUUAGUUGUCUAUCGAGAAAUAGAAUUAUUAUCGAAAUGGGGAUUAGAUAUACCUGAAAUUGCCGUGGAAUUAAGUCAAAAAGAAACCCAAUUAAAAUUACAUUAUAAUAAAUUGAAAUCAAUGUUGACCAGUAUAAAUGAAAUAGAAGUUAAUCUAGAUCCAAUGUUUAUCAAAUUAAUGCGAGCACAGUUCGCACAUUUGCAAAAUUUAUUAAAACCUGGUUUAUGUUUAUUGAACUGGACAAGUCUUGGAAUCAACCAUUUCAUUGAUGAUGUAACCAGUUAUAUAAAUCAGUUGAAGUUACUCAGUGAACGUGCAAAUGAUCUGAAAAAAUACCGAAUAGAACAAAUUUUAAACGAAAUAUCUAAUAUAACUUUAUGCGAACUAAGUGAUUCAGAACCGUGGACCAUAGAUUAUUUCUUAGAACAUACCAAUUAUCUGUGUAGUAAAGCUGGGGAUAUCUUGCAAAUCAAAAGUCAAGUUAUUCAGGAUUCAGUGCAUGAAUUGAUUGCCAUGCUUUGCGGUGCGUAUCGAUUACAGUUGAUGCAAGAAGAGGAAAAGGACGAAAGAAACAUGACUUGUAUCAAAGGAUCUGGAAAAUCAACACUGUCUUCACAAAAGUCAAUAUACCCAGAGAGUGCAGUUUCAAGGACAACAGGUACAAAAAGUGCAAGAGAAUGUCGUAAACGAUUAGUUGAAGAUGCUGCACUCAGGGUAUUAGAGCAUUUUCAUCAGAGAACUGUGGAUACUUUAACUAAAUUAAUUCGUAAUACUUUGGAUAAUCUUCGUAAAUGUUUAACCCUGCCUUCAAUUUUAGCCUAUGAUAGUGUGAAUUCAGAUGGAUCAGUUCAACUUUAUUUUUCAUGCCAUGCACAGUUAUCCAAGCCAUCAAUUAUACUACAUCCGUCUCUUGAUGAUUUUCAGAAAGCGUUGAAUACUGCUACACAUUUAAUUAUAUCUGUUACUCGUCACAUUUCAGUGUGGGAUUUAAGGCUACGUAAUCCAUAUGGCUCAAAAGAGCAUUCUGAAAUUGAAGAAAGCUUUUCAUCAAUUGAAGAAGUUAAAAAAUCAAGUCAAACAGACAGUUCAACGCAUUCGGGUAAUGAAUUGACUAGAGAAAUAACUGUAUCAUCUGGGACUAACGAACUAGUAACCUAUACAACAGAUGAGCGCUUCAGUGUUGCAGAUGAUGAAUAUGAAAAUAAAGGUGAUGAAAAUUACUUUAAUAAAAUUUCUCAAAAUAAGGAGAUAAAUAAACUAAGGGGUAUGCUUACAAAUGCUUUCUCAUCGAUUCAACAGAGUGCAAAAUCCUCACUUCGGCAUUUUGAUCAAUAUAAAUCGUUAUGGGAGAAAUCUAAAACGGAAGAAUUCGACAAAUUCAUGUCAAAUAAUCCAUCGGUGACUGAUUUUGAAGAAAUUAUUCAACAGUUUUAUGAGAAAGAUUUACGUGAAAUGGAAGCAAAUGUUGACUUACAACUUGGACCUAUUGAAGAAUCCUAUUCUUUACUGGCUAAACAUUCAAUUCCAGUUGAUAAAGAAGAAACUGAUAAAGCAGAUACUUUGCGCUAUGAAUGGGAAAAAUUAUGUAAACAAAUGCUAGAAGUACAAAAUCAGUUAGUUGACGUUCAACCAGAAUUUCGCAAUAAUUUAUUAGAAAAUAUAACAACGUUUAAUGAAAAUUGUUCAACAUUCUACGACGAUUAUGAUAAAGUUGGACCAAUGGUUAGAGGCAUACCACCCCGAGAAGCAUCUGAUCGUCUUAUUAUAUUUCAAAAUCGUUUUGAUAAUCUUUAUCGCAGUUAUAUCACGUAUAGUGCAGGUGAACAGCUUUUUGGACUACCGAUUACAGAACAUACUCGGUUAGAUGACAUUAGAAAACAAUUAAACCUUCUACAAAAACUUUACUUAUUAUAUAACAGUGUUUUGAACAAAACAGCUGGCUAUUAUGACAUACCGUGGUCCGAUGUUAAAAUCGAUGUGAUUUCUCAAGAACUGCAAGACUUCGAAAAUCGCUGCCUCAAGUUACCAAAAGCUUUACGUGAAUAUCCGGCAUACGAUGAUUUGAGGCAAACGUUGGCUAAUUUUGACCAGAUCAUCCCAUUGUUAGAGUUAAUGACUAAUCCAGCUAUGCGUGAGAGACAUUGGAAAGGCUUGGCUACCUUAACUGGACGGUCAUUCAAUGUUGACGAUAGUGAAUUUACUUUGCGAAAUAUACUUGAAGCUCCUUUACUUGAACACUAUGACGACGUUGAAGAUAUUUGUAUAUCAGCUAUUAAAGAGCAAGAUAUUGAGCGAAAACUAAUUAAUUUAAAAUCUGAAUGGAGUGCACAAGAAUUUGAAUUUGUUCAAUUUAAACACCGUGGUGAAUUGUUGCUACGAGGUGACCACACUUUGGAAUUGAUUAGUUUAAUGGAGGACUCAUUGAUGGCCCUUGCCUCUCUUUUAAGUAAUCGCUACAAUGCGCCAUUCCGCAAAGAUAUACAAAAUUUCAUCUCACGUUUGUCAAAUUCCAACGAAAUUAUUGAACAGUGGUUGGCAGUACAAAAUUUAUGGAUUUAUCUUGAAGCAGUUUUUAUUGGUGGUGAUAUAGCACGUCAACUUCCACAAGAAGCUAAACGCUUCGCGAAUGUAGAUAAAUCAUGGUGUCGCAUUAUGCAAAGAGCUCAUGAGACAACGCAUGUUUUAACAUGCUGUAUUGGUGAUGAAAUGCUUAGCCAUCUAUUACCACAUCUAAUGGAACAGUUAGAAUUAUGUCAGAAAAGUUUAACUGGUUAUUUGGAAAAGAAACGUCUUCUCUUCCCUCGCUUCUUUUUCGUUUCUGAUCCAACUCUGCUGGAAAUUCUGGGUCAAGCAUCAGAUCCUCAUACGAUACAAGCACAUUUACUUUCUGUGUUUGAUAACAUUAAAAGUGUGAAGUUUCAUGAAAAACAAUAUGAAACGAUUUUGACCUGUUACUCACAAGAAGGCGAGGUAUUAGAGUUAGAGCAUCCAGUAAAAGCUGAAGGACAUGUAGAAGUUUGGUUAAAUAAAUUAUUGAAAGAAGCGCAGUUUUCAUUACAUCAAAUAAUAAGAGAAGGCUAUAAAGUAGCAAUAGAUGAUGAUGUCAAUAUAUUAGAAUUUCUUGCGACGUUUCCUGCCCAGGUGGGACUAUUGGGUAUUCAAUUUAUCUGGACAAGAGAUUCAACUAACGCACUAAAAGAAGCCAGACAUAAUAAAAAGAUUAUGCAAAUGACUGAUCAUGAAUUUGGUCGUCUACUAAACUUGCUUAUUCAGCAAACUACACACAACUUAACGCAAGUGGAGCGAACUAAAUUAGAGACAUUAAUCACCAUACAUCUUCAUCAAAAAGAUAUUUUCUCAUCAUUAGUUAAAGACCGUAUCAAAUCACCAACAGAUUUUGAUUGGCUUAAACAAACACGUUUCUACUAUUUAGAAGAUUCAGAUGUAUGUCUAAUUUCAAUUACCGACGUAAAUUUCAUUUAUCAAGAUGAAUUUAUCGGAUGCACAGAACGACUGGUUGUUACACCACUUACAGAUCGGCAAGUUUUCUUGACAUGA